AUUCCAGAAGUUGCUAUAGAGAUGCUGUAGUAGACACCGCACCUUAAGGUCUAAAAAUUGUAAUGACACACUUUGAGGAAUAUUUCAAGAGGCUUGUUUGAAUGAAGAUCACCAGCUGUGAAAAAAGAGGAAUUAGAUGGUACUGUAUAUAAAGAGGAACAACUCCAAGUGUAACCACAUAAGUCUACUGAAGACAUGAGUGAUCCAAAGCCAUGCAGAAUGAUAAAUGAAGAUAAUGAGGAACAAAGAGAUCUGAUGGAAGUGAAAAAGGAAAGUCAAGAACUGAGUGACGUGGAUCAGAAACACCAUCAGUAUCAUAAAUGUAAUAAUUUCAUAACUAAUGAAGAAUCUUUUAGUUGCUCACAGACUGAAAAGAAUUCCUCACAAAAAAGAACUCGAAGAACAAGAGCCAAAAAUUAUUUAACAUGCCCUCAGUGUGGAAAGAUUUGCGCACUAAAAGACGAUCUACAGAGGCACCUGAGAAUUCACACUGGAGAGAAGCCGUUCAGAUGCCCUCAGUGUGGAAAGAGUUUCACACAAAAAGGAAACCUUAAGAGGCAUCUAAGAAUUCAUACAGGAGAAAAGCCUUUCACUUGCCAUCAGUGUGAAAAGAGUUUCACACAUGUAACAACUCUCAAAAAUCAUCUUUUUUGUCACUCUGGAUUAAAGCCAUAUAACUGUGAUCAGUGCAGCAAAGAAUUUACAUUGGUAUCAGAGCUAAAGAUACACCUGAACAUUCACGCAAAUGUAAAACCUUACCUGUGCUUUUGCGGAAAGAGUUUUUCACGGCUGAACAGUUUUAAUGUGCACCAGUUAAUUCACACAGGUGUUAAAGCUCACGUAUGCUCAGAGUGUGGUAAAGCUUUUAACAGAGCUAGCGACUUGAGACGGCACCAAAGAGUCCAUACUGGAGAAAAACCUUACAAGUGUUCACUUUGUGGAAAGAGUUUCAUUAUGUUAGGAAACAUGAGAACCCAUGAAAGAGUGCAUACUGGAGAGAAGCCAUACCACUGCACUUCAUGUGGGAAAAGUUUCACCCAAUCAUGUAAUCUACAGACUCAUCUAAAGAAGCAUUGUCCAAAGUUGUUAUACUAAGCAGUUUAUUUUUAGGGUAAACUUGUUCAAUUAAACAGCGUGAAAGUCAGAUAAAUACAUUUUCAAAUGAUAAAAAUUCAUAAUCAAAAAGAAUAUCUUACAAGUUCCUGCUUCAAAGAUACAGUUCUUGUACUUGAAGAGAAACAGAUUCAGCUCACUGGACAGGAGCAUGAAAGUGAAGGUACGGAUGUUUAGAAACAUUGCUUUAAUUGACAGUGAGCUCUUCAGAGGAACUCACAUCAGCAGACAGUAGAAAUAGCUUCAGCAAAGAACUGUAUCACUUCUGCUAUGGACUCUCUGCUCUGUACCAGGGUUGUGCACUAUUCAGAAUUGAAAGAAGAAUGCCAAUUCAAUUCCUGAAGUUGGAUUUGAAUUUGAACUGAGGUAGCAAAAAGGAUGUAGAAUUGCAAUUUUAAUUUCAAUUUAAGGAAGUAGAAUUAAAAUGGAAUGAAAUUCAAAUAAACUCAUGACUGUUUUCAAGUUUAUUUUGAAUACAUUUGAUUUUUCAGGAUAUAAGGAAACUUAUCAUCAUAUGCAUAACUAACAGGGUAUUUACGGAAACAUUACACUGUAAAAAAUGUCUGUGUAGAUCUAGUAAUCAAUGCUGAAAAACACUGAAAGAUUUACUUGAUUAUUGUAGGUUUUUUUUUUUUCAUCUCAAGUAAUGCAUGUCAUUGCAGCUUUUAUAUUACAACAUACUUGGAUUCUUUUUAAGUUGAACCAACAAGCACAGCAGGGUGUUGUAUUAAUGCAUUUAUUUGAAUUCAAAUUGGCCUACACAAAAUGUUUGUUUCAGUCCCAUUUUUAAGUUUCAGUUCCAUGUUUACGUGGAAGUGUCCCAGCAUGCACUGGGGCAUGAGUAAUAUUUUUGGAAUAUUUGGCCAUUUGCAGGCUUGUCCAUAUAGGCAGGUAAGGCAGAGCUCCACCUAUUGAUCCACAUAGAUUCAUACUAAAACGGCCAAUAAUGUUAUUUUUUACCCCAUAAAUUUGUUCAAAAUGCAGACAUAUGUAUUUAAGCACAGUGUACCAGAAGAUUAGGCUACAUUUUCACUUAAAAAUAAAUAAAAAAAGGAUACUAGGGAUGUUUUUAAAUAUCCUUGGUAUAAUUUUUUUAUUCUUUUUAAGUGAAAAUGUAGCCAAAACUUCUGGUACACUGUGUUUGAUAUGGAUAUACUGCAUGUGGGGCAGAGAAUCUCGUUUUUCCAAUGGAAAUCUGUGGUCAAAUAUAGUACUGCAAAGAGCCCUCAUUUAGACGCAUUGGGGCAGAAAAAAAUCUGCCCGUAAUGUAGUGCCAAACCAAAGAUAACUUUAGUAUUAGUGCACACCAGCAGUGUGACAGAUUGCGACAUGGCGAGCGCUAUUGAUGGAUGUGUGUAACAGCGUGCCGUUUCUAUUGCAAAUUCAAGACAAACUGAUCAUCAAACAACUUGGUCCUGACAACCUAGACUUAAAAAAAUUUUUGAAAAUAAAAAUACAAGGUAUGAUGAAAAAUUAUAUGUCAAAAAGCCUUGGCUCUUGGUUGCUGAAGUGAAUAAAAUGUUGUUUCCCAUAUUUUCUUUUUCAUUCUUAUUUUGCAAGGGGAUGUAUAGAGUAACGUAGGUGUAUGUGAUUUGAAACAUUCCUACUGCGGGCCUGUUUACUCUGAAACUUAUUGUGAUUCAAAACAUUAUAUUAAUAUAAUUAUAAUAAAAAUUGUGAUUUAUUACUAUGAAACAUUUAGUUUUUUAGUACUGUGAAAACGUGGCAUGUAGAUAGUCGUGUUUUAAUGUAGUUAUGUUAUGUUGAAUGAGUUGAAUACUGUUAAAAAAAUAAAAAAAUAAAUAGUGGUUACACAUAAUCUACAGCGCUCAGAGCAAGAUCUGCCCCACCUAUAGCUGUGGUCACGAGCCGCUGCUGGUUAUUUGCAUAGUUUUAUUUACAUUGUUUUUGUUGUCACGGUAGGUAACUUGUUUUGCAAUGCAAUGAGUUUUUUUCAAAUAAAAUUAACAAUUUGUUGAUUGUUACCAAUCCCUUGUCGCAUUUUAUGUACCAAGUGUUGAGGCCUGUGUGUGCCAUUUUAAAAUGCUUUAUAUGAUUUUUAUUUUCUCAUAAGUGUUCAUGUGAUCAGUAAACUUUUGAUGUUGUUAGUUUAAGACAGCAAGUACGUUGUUCUCCAUCACAUACCUGCAUAUACUGUAUGUUUAUAGAAAUGUACAUGAGAUUCUCAGAAUAUUUAACAAUUUAAUAACAGUUUGAAUAAAUGUAUUAUUAAAUAUUAUAAUAAAAGAAGCAGUUGUUUCAAGACUAAGUUGACAGAGUUUGAGAAAUCUUAAAGUUACUUAAUUUAAAUAUGUAAUUGUUAAAUAUGUGAAGAAAAAAAUGUCAUGCAGGUUGACUUUUUAAGUUUUCAGUUCACUUAUAAUGAAUUAAUAAAUUCAACUUAAAAAAGCAAUGCAAACUUAAUUUCUCUACGUUUUACAAACACACCACUUUUGUCAGUAUUAAUGAUCAAAAUUUAUAUAAUAAAAUGU